GGACAGAGGCUGGUUCUAAAAGCCUAACUGAAGACAUUUAACUAAAGGUAGACAGCAGACCAAGAAUUUUCAAUGAUUGCCAAAUUAGGAGAUGAAACGGAUUCCAACUUCCAAAUGCAGAAACCCAACUACCAUGUGGAGAGGCAGGUUAUGAGUGAGGAGCAUUUGGAAGUGGUGGCUCAAUGGUCAAAGAAAACUGAACCCUCCUUGAAAGAUAAACUGAAAGAAAAUCUGAGAUGCUCCAGCUCUAAAGCCAAAUCACUCCUGUUCAAGUUGGUCCCAAUCCUCCAUUGGUUGCCCAAGUAUCCCUACCGAGAUUGGCUAUUAGGCGACAUCUGCUCUGGGUUCAGUGUUGGAAUUGUGCAAUUACCACAAAGUAUGGCAUAUGCCCUUCUGGCAGCUGUUCCCCCUGUCUAUGGACUCUAUACUUCCUUCUUCCCAGUGCUUAUAUACUUUAUAUUUGGAACAUCCAGACAUGUUUCAGUAGGUUCCUUUGCAGUACUAAGUGUUAUGCUGGGCACCAUAACUGAGAGGAUAGCCCCAGAUGAGGACUUUGUGAUCAGUUCUCAGAACAAUACAAAUGGAACGGUGGAUAUUGACAUUGAGGCACGUGAUUUAAUGAGGGUGAAAGCAGCAACGAUGGUUACAUUCUUGUGUGGGAUCUUUCAGAUCAUGUUAGGAUUGAUACGGUUUGGAUUUGUUGUCACAUACCUGUCCGAUCCUCUCGUUCGAGGUUACACAACUGGUGCAGCAGUCCAUGUGUUGGUGUCACAACUGAAGUAUGUGUUUGGCAUUUCGAUUCCUAGAAAGAAUGGACCACUCUCAUUAAUCUAUACUGUAAUCGAUGUGAUCAAAGCACUGCACUUGACGAAUAUUGGCACAUUGGUUGUCAGUAUUAUUGCCAUGUCCACGAUGUUUGCAGUGAAGGUGAUAAAUGACUGUUUUAAGUCUAAAUUGCCAAUACCAAUUCCUAUCGAACUCAUUGAGGUAAUAAUUGCUGCAGUGAUUGGGUCAAAUGUGAACCUAGUUGGAGAAUAUGGAAUACAAGUCGUGGGGCAAAUUCCGAAAGGCCUGCAAGCCCCAGUUCCACCUGACUUCAGCAUCGCCUCCAGUCUUGUGGGAGACGCUUUUGCUUUGGCCAUUGUUGGAUAUGGCAUCACAAUAUCACUGGGCAAGAUCUUUGCACUGAAGCAUGGGUACCAGGUGGACAGCAAUCAGGAGCUGAUCGCACUGGGACUCAGCAACUUUGUGGGAGGGUUUUUCCAAUGCUUUGCUGUGAGUUGUUCCAUGUCCAGGAGUCUGGUUCAGGAAACUACUGGAGGAAACACACAGUUGGCUGCUGCAGUGUCUUCUGUUGUUAUCUUGGUGAUUAUCCUGGAAAUCGGAGCACUAUUUAGUCAACUACCUAAGGCUGUUUUAGCAUCAAUUGUCAUCAUCAAUCUCAAGGGGAUGUUUGAACAGGUCACUGAUAUUUGCUUUUUCUGGAGGACGAACAAAAUUGAUCUGAUAGUUUGGGUCAUCACUCUCAUUUGCACUGUAUUAUUGGGCAUGGACCUUGGACUGGCUGCCUCCAUAGCAUUUGCAUUACUUACUGUGAUCUUCCAGACACAACUCCCCAAAUAUUCAAUUCUGGGACAAAUUCCAAAGACCGAUAUCUAUAGAGAUGUCAGCCAGUUUGAUGAGGCAAAAGAAAUUCCAGGAAUCAAAAUUUUCCAGUCAUCCUCGACCAUGUUCUUUGCCAAUGCUGAGUUGUAUGAAGAAGCUCUGAAGCAGAUGACUGGAAUUAAUGUCUCCAAAUUAGUUACAAAAAAGAGGAAAAAAAUCGCAGCGCUCAAGAAGAAAUUGAAAAAGCAGGAAAAGAAGGACAAGAAAAAAGCCAAGAAACAGCAAAAGCUACAAAAACUCUCUGAAUCAGGAACAGAUGGUCCAGCCACCAUCACCGAGAAUAUUGAUAACAACAACUCUAUCAGCUUAGAAAUGGAUUCAGACCUUGACUUGCCAUCUAGAGUCAGCAAAAAGCCGGAGGAGUUCAGUCUGGAGUCUCUUGGUCUUCAAAAGCCAAAUUUUCAUUCCCUCAUACUUGACUUUAGUCCUGUCAACUUUGUGGAUACCGUCUGCAUCAAGAUUUUGAGAAACAUCUUCCGGGAUUAUAAAGAAAUUGAGAUUGACGUGUACCUAUCAGGUUGUCACUGGGCUAUCAUUGAGCAAUUUGAACAAGGAGAAUUCUUUGGGAAAAACAUCAGCAAAUCCCAGAUUUUUACCACGGUGCACGAUGCUGUUCUAUACUGUAUGAUGAAAAAUAACCCAUCGACUGAUCAGGCACUUCACAUGAAUGGAACAGUUGCACUGCCUCCUUCACAGGAUGACGAACAAGAAUCCACCCUUGCCUGUGCAGUAAAUACACAGUUUUAAUUCAGGAAGAUUGGUGCUGGAAUAGAAAACAUGCAUCCUUUUGAAGGAAAAAUUAAAACCAGAAGAAAACAGCAUGUCAAAAAUAAAUCUCCAAAGGGCAAGUUUUAACUUUCUCCAGUGUCCUGCAUGAAGCAAAAUGAGACAAGACUUGGAGUUAAUUAUGAAAAAUCUAUCUCAACGUAAAUACUGACAAAUCCCAUACUGUGCAUAAAGUUACAAACUAGGGAGGUUUCAAACACUUCACAUCUGGGACUUAAGCAGUCAACACCAAAAGGGUGACAGUCCUAGCUCCAUUUCUCCUUCAUUCUUCUUUCUAUCACUUCACUGCCUUUCUCUCUCUGAACCUUUUUGACAGAAAAUUUUGAUUUGAAUAAGCACUACAAACACAGCCUGGUAGUGUUUUUGCCUUGUAACUUUGAUUAAUUUUUGUCAGUCAGUAUUUGUCUCACUAGUGCUCCCCUCGCAUUCAUAUUGCUGCAAUUGAUUGAUAUAUUCAGGUGGGUAAUAUAUGAAACCAGCAAUAUUAUAAAAAAAACUGAAGCCCUUCCAGGAGAAGCUGUUUUUUAUUAUGAAGUUAUGCUUCCAAAACUUCCUUAGAAAAAAGAAGGGAAAAUCUGGCCUUUGACUAACCUGAGACAUUGGCAUUGUAUGUAGGCUAGACCCGCAAGCACUUUCAACAUGAGUAAACAGGAGAUGUGACUACGAUUAGAUUAGCGAGAAAGGCAGUAUCACAUUAAGCAAAAAGGAAACGAAACAGUCAAUAUAACAUGCAAAAAGCUGGAAGCUGCAGAUAACACCACCAGUUGUUGAUUUUACACAAUGAGUUUGCCUUUGUUUUGGGUUACAGGAAAUUAAUCUGCCCACAAACAACACUUUAAUACUCUUAGUCCAUGCCAAAAGGAAAAUAAAAGUCAUUUGACUGUGUUACAGUCUCUAGUAUUUGAAUGCCAUUUAUAAAGAACCUCUAUAAAUUACAGAUUGUUUUUUAAGGCUACAUUGGAAACCCUUGGAGCCGUAAUUUCUUUGUAUUUUGCAUAACCUUGAAGCUAGCACUCGGAGACAGAAAGGGCUGCAGAUGCUGGAAGCUACAGUCAAUAAGUGUGAAGCUGGAAAAGCACAGCAGCUCAGACAG